CUGUGACGUCAUCUGCGUGCGACGACGCAUGUUUGUUCAACACUGGACUGACUGAUACUGAAAGUCUUCUCACUGAGUUGUUGGAAAUGUGAAAAAAGACACCAACAUGGCGACUAGGAAACUGAAGCGAGCCGGCGUGUCAGACGACAUGUGUGAGCAGCUGAAGAGACACCGCAUAGAGAGCUGUAAGGACCUGCUGUCUCUGGGGCCCCUGGAGGUGAUGCACGCUGCGGGGCUGAGCUUCAGGAGAGCGUCAGAGCUGCUGCAGACGGUGAGCAGAGCCGUGGUCCCGCCCGUCACCACGGCCCUGGAGCUGUGGAGGCAGCACUCCUGUUUCUCCACGUCUCUGCCCGCUCUGGACAGAGUGCUGAGAGGAGGUCUGCCUCGGGGGACCCUCACAGAGGUGACGGGGCCCUCGGGCUGUGGGAAGACCCAGAUGUGUUUGAUGCUGAGCGUACUGGCCACUCUGCCGCAGAGCCUGGGCGGCCAGGACAGCGGCGUGAUCUACAUAGACACCGAGUCCGCCUUCUCCGCUGAGAGGCUGGUGGAGAUCGCUCAGAGCCGGUUCCCAGACCACUUCGGCUGCAGGGAGAAGGUCCUGCAGAUGGCCGGGCGGGUGCACCUGUUCAGGGCGCUCACCUGUCGAAAUGUCCUCAACAGACUGGACAGACUGGAGGAGGACAUCAUCUCAACCGGGGCCGGUCUCGUCAUCCUGGACUCCGUGGCCUCGGUGGUGAGGAAGGAGUUUGACACCACGUUGCCCGGCAACCUGAUGCACCGGAGCAACAUGCUGGGCCACGAGGCCUCCACCCUUAAAUACCUGGCCCACCAGUUCAACAUACCCGUGGUUCUCACCAACCAGAUCACGACUCACGUUGGGGGUCAAGGGUCGGAGGGGGAUUCUUGGUUCGUGACAGCGGCUCUGGGGAACACGUGGAGUCACAGCGUCAACACGCGUCUUAUUGUGCAGUAUGUGGACGACCGGCGGAGACAGAUACUGAUAGCCAAGUCACCCGUGGCUCCGUUUGCGGUGCUGAACUACACCGUGGAGAAGCAGGGGAUCUGUAUGGAUGGAGAGGACGGACAGGAGGUCCUGUAUGAGGGCACAGACCCCGGCCUCCAGCCAAUCAGGGUGCAGACUGGAUUCAACUUCAACCUGACCAAACCUAUGGAGUGGACUGAACAGACAGAGCAAUGACUCUCCUGUGUGUAUGCGUGUGUGAGUGUGUUUGCGUGGGUAUGUGUGUGUGAUAGGCCAGAGUGUGACACUGUUAUUUUAUUAAAGCCGAGAUAUAAUUUCAUCUGACUUUUUGCGUCCUCAAACAUCACAGACUACUGAAAGUUAUCCAACAUAAAACACCAAUAUUUUGAAUCACAACCUCAUUAUGGAUACUGCUUCCUGUAUAAAUAUCCAGGGACGCAGUGAAGAUG